AUGGCUUCCCCGACACUUACACAGACCUCGCAGUCGAACCCAUUCAUUCGACAGCUCGCAUCAAGCAAUCGCACGACCCGGGACAAAGCUCUCGCCUCGCUCCGCACUUAUCUCCAAAGAUCCACAGCUUUUAGCGAACUCGACCUACUCAAACUAUGGAAGGGCCUUCAUUAUUGCAUGUUCAUGUCCGACAAGCCGCGCAAUCAACAGCAACUCGCGCGGGACCUUGCAGCGCUCGUAGAUGUAUUGAAGACUUCGUCCGCUCAAAUCGCCUUCAUUUCGGCAUUCUGGAAGACAAUGGCGCGGGAGUGGAGCGCGAUUGAUUCGUUGCGAAUGGACAAGUACCUCUACCUGCUGAGGUGCUACAUUUCAAAGGGAUUCGAGGUGUGCUCAAAGAGCAAGAGCUGGAAGAAGGCGGCGGGGGAGAAGGACAAGGUUUGGGAGGAGUACGUGGAGAUUCUGGUCGCAGACGGUGGGCCUCUAAGCCCGCAGGACUUGAAGGUACCGGUGGGUAUCAGGUUACACGUGUUGGAUAUCUGGGUUGAUGAGCUGGAGAAUAUUGAUACGGAGCACAAGGUUGAUGUGGAGAAAGUCAUGGCGCCUGUAACGCUGAUCAAGGAGAAGACUCUAACCAAGAGCGUGCGGGUCCGAGCGGAUGAGGCUCUGGAGGAUGAAAGAAUACUCAGCUGGAAUGGGGAUGUCGCCAAGGCCAACGGGGAUGCGGAUAAGGAAGACGUGGAGGAAGGAGACUUUGCCGGUUUCGACGACUGA